UCUAUAUAAAUACCCCUCUUCUUCACGAGUCUUCUCCACUGAUCCAUUUCCAUGUGUCUCUGACCUCUUAGAUAGCCUGAAAAUGACUGAUUCAUCAUUACCUCGAUCAAACUCGUCCGAGUCCGAAGCUCCUCUACUAGCGAAGCACCUCCCUUCCUUAGACUCUACCCUCGAACGGUGUAUAGGAACCCUCGGUUGGGCCCAAUUCCUUCAAGCCAUCCUCGUCUCCUUCGCUUGGCUCUUCGAUGCUCAACAAACCUUCAUCAGUAUCUUCACCGACGUCGAUCCCACCUGGCACUGCACUCGCUCCGACGACGAGUUAUGCAACUCGGCCCCCAACCCUUGCGGAUUACCCAGAAGCUCAUGGUCCUGGGACAACCCAUUACGAUCCUCAAUCGUAUCAGAGUGGAACCUCGCAUGCUCCGGACCAAUCAUAGCCGGCCUCCCAGGAUCUUCCUUCUUCAUUGGUUGUCUCGCGGGUGGACUCGUUCUCGCCACACUCGCCGACUCGUCACUUGGUCGCAAGAACAUGCUAGUCCUCUCAUGUAUGAUCAUGUCCGUAGCAGCCGCUUCCACUGUGUUUUCCCCCAACGUCUGGGUCUACUCGUUCUUCCGAUUCGUCAGCGGGUUCGGCCGCGCAACGAUAGGCACCGCCGCCCUUGUUCUAUCCUCAGAGCUAGUCGGAAAAAGAUGGCGAGGCCAAGUGGGUAUCAUCGGAUUCUUCUACUUCACAAUCGGCUUCUUAUCUUUACCAGCCAUAGCCUACCUAACCAACGGCUCAUCAUGGAGAAUCCUCUACCUCUGGACCUCGAUUCCGUCCAUCUGUUACUGUGUAUUAAUCCAUUUCCUACUCCACGAAUCACCGAGGUGGCUUUUAGUACGAGGAAGGAAAGAAGAAGCCAUCCAGACACUGAGAAGCAUCGGAUCAAGAACAGAAAGCAGCAUAACCUACAGCUUCUCAAGAUUACCAAUCGGAGACGAUGACACGUGUAAUAACAACAACGUGGAUCUAUUCUCGGCCAUGAAGAUCUUAUUAGGGAAGAGCUGGUCACGUCGACGGUUAUCGGCAGUUAUGACAGUUGGGUUUGGGAUCGGAAUGGUUUACUAUGGGAUGCCAUUAGGGGUUGGUAACUUAGCCUUUAACCUCUACUUAAGCGUGACGUUUAACGCAUUAUCAGAACUACCAUCAUCGUUGAUCACGUUUUUCUUGAUAGGGAAACUGAAUAGGAGAAGCUCGUUGUUAAUAUUCACGAUGGUAAGUGGGAUUUGUAGUGUAACGUGUGUGGUGAUAGGGAGUUCAUGGAAGGAGUUGCAGAUAGGGUUAGAAUUGGUAUCUUUCUUUAGUGCUUGUACGGCUUUUAAUGUGGUGAUGAUAUAUACGUUGGAGUUGUUUCCGACGAGUGUGAGGAACUCGGCGUUAUCGAUAGUGAGACAAGCUUUGGUGUUUGGUGGUGUUUUUAGUCCAGUAUUGGUGGCUGUGGGGAGGAAGAUGAAGGAUGAGUUUUUGUCUUAUGGGGUGUUUGGGUUAGUGAUAGGGUGUUGUGGAUUGUUUGUGGCUUUCUUGCCGGAGACAAAAGGUGGGACACUAUGUGACACCAUGGAUGAACAAGAGUACAAGGAAACUCUUGCAGCUAGUGACGGUGGAUCUCUGUCAGCAUGGGGUCAACUCUGCUAAGUUUAGUGGAUCCCAUCUCUCUCUCUCUCUCUCUCUCUCUCUCUCUCUCAAAUUUUCUGAGAUGUCUUUUUAUUAUAUUUAAGAGAUCAAUUGUAUAUUAAAUCUCAAAAGAAAAACCACAAGUUGAUUGUGAAUCUAGACUGCUUGAACGAGUAUUGUAUAUUUGUAUUGACAAUAGUGAGGGCA